GUCGAGGUGACUGCUGUGUGUGCGACGAAAAGAACAGAGGCGCAGGACAACAACUUCAAAAUCGCUUGUCGGUGUCCUGGACCUCUGUUCUUUCCGUCGCAGGGCGUUUCGUCGCAGGUCCAGGAGACAGCACGUCGGUGGGCGUUUCGUUCCUCGGCGCAUUGCUUCCAGCGGAAGAUACUUCGAGUUCGACACACGACACAAAGAUUUUGAUGGGCAAAUCUACGUCUCUCGCACGACUACGCACCAUCACCCUUGGAAUAAGG